UUGUUUGCACAAUUGUCCUUAAAUGAGGUGAGAGUGAAGAUACUAAAGCCAUCUCUGGAAAACAUCACUCUUGAGUCCUCCCCCUGGAGCACUGGAUUUGACUGUAUCUGUUUUCAGGAUUCAUUAUGAACAAAGACGUCUCCCAGGUGUGAAGUUUUUCAACAUGAGUGGCCUCGGAGACAGUUCAUCGGACCCUGCUAACCCAGACUCACAUAAGAGGAAAGGAUCACCAUGUGACACGCUGGCAUCAAGCACUGAAAAGAGGCGCAGGGAGCAAGAAAAUAAAUAUUUAGAAGAGCUAGCAGAAUUACUUUCUGCCAACAUCAGUGACAUUGACAGCUUGAGUGUAAAACCAGACAAAUGCAAGAUUUUGAAAAAGACAGUCGAUCAGAUACAGCUAAUGAAGAGGAUGGAACAAGAAAAAUCAACAACUGACGAUGACGUUCAGAAAUCAGACAUUUCAUCUAGUAGCCAAGGAGUGAUUGAAAAGGAGUCUUUGGGGCCUCUUCUUUUGGAGGCUUUAGAUGGAUUCUUCUUUGUUGUGAACUGUGAAGGGAGAAUCGUAUUUGUGUCAGAGAAUGUUACCAGCUACUUGGGUUACAAUCAAGAAGAACUAAUGAAUACCAGUGUCUACAGCAUACUGCACGUUGGAGAUCAUGCAGAAUUUGUGAAAAAUCUUCUACCAAAAUCACUAGUAAAUGGAGUUCCUUGGCCUCAAGAGGCAGCACGGCGAAAUAGCCAUACCUUUAACUGCAGGAUGCUGAUCCACCCUCCAGAUGAGCCAGGCACUGAGAACCAAGAAGCGUGCCAGCGGUAUGAAGUAAUGCAAUGUUUUACUGUGUCUCAGCCAAAAUCAAUCCAAGAGGAUGGAGAAGAUUUCCAGUCAUGUUUGAUUUGCAUUGCUCGGCGAUUACCUCGGCCUCCAUCCAUUACAGGUGUCGAAUCCUUUAUGACCAAGCAAGAUACUACAGGCAAAAUCAUCUCUAUUGAUACUAGUUCCCUGAGAGCUGCUGGCAGAACCGGCUGGGAAGAUUUAGUGAGGAAGUGCAUUUAUGCCUUCUUCCAACCUCAGGGCAGAGAGCCAUCAUAUGCCAGACAGCUGUUUCAAGAAGUGAUGACUCGUGGCACUGCCUCCAGCCCAUCCUAUAGAUUCAUAUUGAAUGAUGGGACAAUGCUUAGCGCCCACACCAAGUGUAAACUUUGCUACCCUCAAAGUCCAGACAUGCAGCCUUUCAUCAUGGGAAUUCAUAUCAUCGACAGGGAACACAGUGGACUUUCUCCUCAAGAUGACACUAGUUCUGGAAUGUCAAUGCCCCGAGUAAACCCCUCGGUCAAUCCUAGUAUCUCUCCGGCUCAUGGUGUGGCUCGUUCAUCCACAUUGCCACCAUCUAACAGCAACAUGGUACCCACCAGAGUAAACCGCCAGCCGAGCUCAGACCUUCAUGGCAGCAGUCAUAGUAAUACUAGCAACAAUCAAGGGAAUUUUGGAUGCUCACCUGGAAAUCAGAUUGUAACCAGUGUUGCCUUAAACCAGGGACAGGCUGGUUCUCAGAGCAGCAAUCCCUCUUUAAACCUCAGUAAUUCUUCUAUGGAAGGUACAGGAAUAACCUUAGCACAGUUCAUGUCUCCAAGGAGACAGGUUAAUUCGGGAUUGGCAACAAGGCCCAGAAUGCCAAACAAUUCCUUUUCUCCUAAUAUCCCUACAUUGAGCUCCCCUGUUGGCAUGGCAAAUAGUGCCUGUAAUAAUAACAGUAACCGAUCUUACUCAAACAUCCCGGUAACAUCUUUACAGGGUAUGAAUGAAGGACCCAAUAACUCCGUUGGCUUCUCUACCAAUUCUCCAGUCCUCAGGCAGAUAAGCUCACAGAAUUCACCAAGCAGGUUAAAUACACAACCUGGAAAAGCUGAGCCCAAAGACAACAAAGAAAUUACAUCCAUUUUAAAUGAAAUGAUCCAGUCUGACAACAGCUCUGGUGAUGGCAAACCUCUGGAUUCAGGGCUUCUGCAUAACAAUGAUAGACUGUCAGAUGCGGACAAUAAAUAUGCCCAGACCAGUCACAAGCUAGUGCAGCUCCUGACAACAACUGCAGAGCAGCAGUUACGGCAUGCUGACAUAGACACUAGCUGUAAAGAUGUACUCUCCUGCACAGGCACUUCCAACUCUGCCUCUGGUAAUUCUUCCGGAGGUACUUGUCCCUCCUCUCAUAGCUCACUGACAGAACGGCACAAAAUUCUACAUCGGCUCUUACAGGAGGGCAGCCCCUCAGAUAUCACCACAUUAUCUGUUGAGCCUGAUAAAAAGGACAGUGCAUCCACAUCUGGGUCAGUGACUGGACAGGUACAAGGGAACUCCAGUAUAAAACUAGAACUGGACUCUUCAAAGAAGAAAGACUCGAAAGACCAUCAGCUCCUACGCUACCUUUUAGAUAAAGAUGAAAAAGAUUUGAGGUCAACGCCAAACCUGAGCCUGGAUGAUGUGAAGGUGAAAGUGGAAAAGAAGGAACAGAUGGAUCCUUGUAACACAAACCCAACCCCAAUGACCAAAACCGCUCCUGAAGAAGUUAAACUGGAGUCUCAGAGCCAGUUCACAGCUGACCUUGAUCAGUUUGACCAGUUGCUGCCCACGCUGGAGAAGGCAGCACAGCUGCCAGGCUUGUGUGAAGCGGACAGGAUGGAUGGUGCCGUCACCAGUGUCCCUAUCAAAUCAGAGAUCCUGCCAACCUCACUGCAGCCCACCACUGCCAGACCCGCUCCCAGACUAAAUAGAUUGCCUGAACUGGAAUUGGAAGCUAUUGAUAACCAGUUUGGGCAACCAGGAACAGGUGAUCAGAUUCCAUGGACAAAUAAUACAGUUGCCGCUGUAAACCAGAAUAAACCAGAAGACCAAUGUAUUAGUUCACAGUUAGAUGAGCUUCUCUGUCCUCCGACAACAGUAGAAGGAAGAAAUGAUGAGAAGGCUCUCCUGGAACAGCUGGUAUCUUUCCUCAGUGGCAAAGAUGAAACUGAGCUAGCUGAACUAGACAGAGCUCUGGGGAUUGACAAACUUGUUCAGGGUGGUGGAUUAGAUGUAUUAUCGGAGAGAUUCCCACCACAACAAGCAACGCCACCUUUGAUGAUGGAUGAGAGACCCAACCUUUAUUCCCAGCCUUAUUCUUCUCCUUCUCCUACUGCCAAUCUCCCGAGCCCUUUCCAAGGCAUGAUCAGGCAAAAACCAUCAUUGGGGACUGUGCCUGUUCAGGUAACACCUCCGAGAGGCACAUUUUCACCUGGCAUGGGCAUGCAGCCCAGGCAGACUCUAAACAGACCUCCUGCUGCACCCAACCAACUCCGACUCCAACUACAACAGCGGUUACAGGGACAACAGCAGUUGAUACACCAAAAUCGACAAGCUAUCUUAAAUCAGUUUGCGGCAACUGCUCCUGUUGGAAUCAACAUGAGAUCAGGCAUGCAGCAGCAAAUUACACCUCAGCCACCUCUGAAUGCCCAGAUGUUGGCACAGCGCCAGCGGGAGUUGUACAGUCAACAGCAUCGACAGAGGCAGCUAAUACAGCAGCAGCGGGCCAUGCUUAUGAGACAACAAAGCUUCGGGAACAACCUCCCGCCCUCAUCUGGACUGCCAGUUCAAAUGGGGAACCCCCGUCUUCCUCAGGGUGCUCCACAGCAAUUCCCCUACCCACCGAAUUAUGGUACAAAUCCUGGAACCCCGCCUGCUUCUACCAGCCCAUUUUCACAACUGGCAGCAAACCCUGAGGCUUCCUUGGCCAACCGCAACAGCAUGGUGAACAGAGGCAUGGCAGGAAACAUGGGAGGACAGUUUGGCACUGGAAUCAAUCCUCAGAUGCAGCAGAAUGUCUUCCAGUAUCCAGGAUCAGGAAUGGUUUCCCAAGGUGAGGCCAACUUUGCUCCGUCUCUGAGCCCGGGGAGCUCCAUGGUGCCGAUGCCCAUCCCUCCUCCCCAGAGCUCUCUGCUCCAGCAGACUCCACCCAGUUCUGGCUACCAAUCUCCAGACAUGAAGGCCUGGCAGCAAGGAGCCAUGGGAAACAGCAAUGUGUUCAGUCCAGCUGUCCAGAGCCAGCCCGCGCCUGCACAGCCAGGAGUGUACAACAACAUGAGCAUCACCGUGUCCAUGGCUGGUGGCAACACCAGUGUGCAAAACAUGAACCCAAUGAUGGGCCAGAUGCAGAUGAGCUCCUUGCAGAUGCCAGGAAUGAACACCGUCUGCCCUGAGCAGAUGAGUGAUCCAGCACUGAGACACGCAGGCCUCUACUGCAACCAGCUCUCAUCCACUGACCUUCUCAAAACAGAAGCAGAUGGAACCCAGGACAAGAAGACAGAAGAGUUCUUCUGUGUGGUGACUACAGACUAGAGGAAUGCUCUACAGGUGCAGCAGGUUCAGGUGUUUGCUGACGUCCAGUGUACAGUGAAUCUGGUAGGCGGGGACCCUUACCUGAACCAGCCUGGUCCUCUGGGAACUCAGAAAGCCACGUCAGGACCACAGACCCCCCAGGCCCAGCAGAAGAGCCUCCUGCAGCAGCUACUGACUGAAUAACCACUUUUAAAGGAAUGUGAAAUUUAAAUAAUAGACUUACAGAGAUAUACAGAUAUAUAUUUUUCUGAGAUUUUUGAUAUCUCAAUCUGCAGCCAUUCUUCAGGUCGUAGCAUUUGGAGCAAAAAAAAA